AAAGUCCGCCGCAUUUUGCAACAAGUGAUCAAGUCGCGUUUUACACCCUAACAGCCUUCUACUAGGUCCAAACGCCUCCCUCCUAUCAACCAAACCAGGCUGCUUGAAUCCAGAUCCCCAGUCCCUUCAAACCGACUAGCUACAAUGACAGGUCGUGGCGGCGGCGGGCGCAAAACACUACUUGCGCCAAUUCAUUUCAUCUUCAGUCUGCUACAGAAGCGCUCUACAGUCUCGAUAUGGCUCUAUGAGAAUCUGCGCACGCGCAUUGAGGGAAAAAUUCGAGGCUUCGAUGAAUUCAUGAACCUCGUGGUGGACGACGCUGUCGAGGUGCAACUGGCCACAAAAGAUACCCCAGAAAAGAGGAGGCAACUUGGACAAAUCCUGUUGAAAGGAGACAACGUCUCACUUAUACAAUCGCUGGACUGAAGAACGGAAAAAUUGAUUUGUACUAUCCAGCCUACGCCUUCCUGGACGUUUAGUUUUGGGACCUUCAGGAGGCAAUACGAAGGGUUUGCAGCAGUGGGAAAUUGUGGUCAUACCACGUCCGUUUUGCCGGCUGUGAUAACCUCGUCAAUCAACCAGUCGCUUUGAUCUACAGGGAUCUCUUCCUUGCCGGGCAGAUUCUGCUGAGCAAGAGCAAGACCAACUAAGCAUUCACAUCAGCCAGCCCUCGUUGAGGAGAUGGAAAAACAUUACCAAGGUACGGCAUUUGUUGUGUAGCUUGGCUUGAAUCAAGAGCGUUCUUAUAUUUUUCGAGAUAGCGGUCAUAGAAACCCUUGCCAUGGCCAAGACGUCGAUGAGACUGAUCGAAAGCCACCGCGGGCACGAAUAUGAGAUCAAGCACUGGAGGUUCCUUCUGGUCACGUAUACUCGAGAUUCCAAAUCCGCCUAAAGCAUUCCUUCGCACACCCUCAGAGUCUUUGGACAGGGACGGAAUCCCCCAGCUGUCUGGCUUCAGUGUUUCAAAAUCAUGCUUGUCUUGCAACUGCAGCAUGUCCAUGACUCUGGACUUCGAAUCUGUGCCCGGG